UACCUUGGGUUACAACCUGUUUUGGUUUACAAACAGACCUCUGAAACGGAUUAUGUUUGUAAACCAAGGUACUACAGUAAUAUGAUGUUUGGAUGUAGCGACUCAUCCAUAAAUACUCCCGGGUUGGUUUUCAGACCAAAACCAUGCUGAACAACAACAUCAGCACGGCAACAUAAUUAAAAUAAAAAAGAAAGAUGGUAGAGAAAACAAACAGCCUAUGCUUAACACUUUUUCAAAUGUUGCAAACCUUGGGCCAUAAUCCUGUACUCACUUGGGAGGAAGACUCAUUUAACUUGGUGGGAUUUAUAAGAGUUUAUAAGAGGGCAAGAACAUGAAAAAUGCAACGAACAACAGCGAACAAAUAAUUUUGCAAGCUUAUUGGGCUGUAUUCCCCUCGCUGGCAAUCUUCUGGGGACCCAGUGGUGGGAGUGGUCAGAGGUAAAAGUGAGUGGAGUAACAGGUGAUUUUUACCUUUGGACAGUAUGCGACUUUCUACCCAUGCAAAAGUUAGAUUUCUAUAUACACCCAUCGAAUCUUUCCAUCCAGGCAGGCAAGAGGCAUCAUCACAGUACAGUUCAAGGAUGCAUUCCAGCCUGGCCAAAAUCACUCAAGGAGGGCAUGAAAUAGGGCUGGUGAGAACUGUGGCCUGGGACUAAAGACCUGAGAGAGAGUGCUAUGUCGGAAUACCCAGCAGCCAUGCAACUCAAAAAGACACACUCUCGCAGGAUGUGUACAAGGUCUACUAGUAUCAAGUCAAAUUCUGCAAUUGAUUUUGACAGAAUGCCAUCAGAGAUACUACUGAAGAUAUUAUCCUACCUGAAUGCAGAGUCACUGCUGUGUACUGGCUGUGUGAAUAAAAGUUUUUAUCAUCUGUCCAAUGACAAUACAAUCUGGUUCAAAAUAUAUUCUAAGUCUUUUCUGCCUAAAAGAAAAAAAUGGAGGACUGAAUCUGCCCAGGAAUCAGCUGUCUCUCUGAAUCUUCCAGAGUUGCAAGAUAGGGAGUCAGGAUAUUGGAAGAAAGAGUACAUCAUGAAAAAAAUAGCUGCUGGCAAAGCUGAUUUGAUUCAGCUUCUGAAGCCAAUAAAUACCCGUACUGGCCUUCCAGUGAAAACCAAAGAAGCUAUCAAGAUUUCUGGUUUAAAAUGGAUGGUCAUACUAAAGGACAGAAAUGGAAAGCAACAUGUGCUGGAACAGACAGACAUCUCUUAUAAUGAGACUUCUGUUACUGUGUAUUGGAAUUAUUUCAAGUGGCCUUGUUUAGAAACUUUGUCAGUUUUGCAGAUAUUUGGAGUGACACCUGUACUUCUGAGUGACAGCGAAGUUCAUCCUAAGAAUAGGCCUAUGCAACGUUCUUUAAUUUCUGAAUAUGAUCUGGCUAACCUGACAGAAAAUGCAAAGAUGAUUGGCUGUGAUGCCCUUGUUGAACUUUACAGUUUUGAUCAAGGACUCUUGGUGGGACUUUGGAAGAAAAGUGAAAUUGCUUUCGUUAUGGCAUGUCUUCAUUAUCAUCAGCUCAUUGAAAGAAGCACUCUUGGCUCUGCCACAGUGAGAUAUGCUGCAGCCCCAGAUAAGGCUAUCUUGGAUGAUAUUGACCCAGAAUAUGGCAUGCAUGGCUAUCAGCUGCACAUUGACUUACACAGCAGGGGAAAUACUUACAUGUGUGGCACAUUUCGUAGUUUGUUUUGUAAAAAAGAUUACAUUAGAAAUGGAUACCUGAGGUUUACCGUGAUAAAUUACAAAAAAACGGCCCAACAUCUACCUCUUGUUGGAAACAUUGGCUUAUCUUGGAUGACAGGUGUUUUUGAAGGCAAUGUUCAGAAUUGUUUCAUUAUGGAUGUGACCCUUCUGGACGAUUCACAAAAACCAUAUUGGUGUUUUAGUGCUCCAGUCAAUAUGGUGCUGUCUCCCAAGCCAUCCGGUCUCUAUCAAUAUUUGGGACCCAGUUAUUAUUUGAAUUACAUGGAUUUGACUGGAAAAGUACAUAUGGAGCUGGUGUGGAUGGAAGAAACAAAUGAAUACUGUAUAAUCAAUCUGGUCCUUUAUUUGAGCACCGAGAAAGUUAAUAGCUGGUUUGGUACAAAUUACUGAAUUUAGUUUUUUAAACAGAGUUGCUUUACAUGAAGAUGAUUAUUUUGAAUUUUACCUGUCUCUAAAAAUAUGUACCAUAAUUUACAUGUAACAAAAACUCUUAUGUUAGCUGUCUGUGAAUUAAAAAGAAUAGUUUAUUUUCUGAAAACAUGUAAAAUAAAUUACUUUGUAUUUGAA